AUGCUGCAGAGAACGUUAAGAGCACCUGCCCUGCGCGGUGCCCUCGCCUCGCUCUCCCCACGCGCCACUCCAGCCUCCCUCCUCCCUCGCAUCUCAUCCUCUCUCGUACAGACGCGGCUCCUCUCCCAGGAAGUCCGUGCCGCGAUCGACAGAGCCGUGGCAUCGGCGCCCGUGGUGCUGUUCAUGAAGGGCACCCCAGAGACACCUCAAUGCGGAUUCUCGCGGACGUCGAUCCAGAUAUUGGGUAUGCAGGGCGUGGAUCCCAGGAAAUUCACAGCCUUCAAUGUCUUGGAAGAUGAGGAGUUGAGGAGUGGAAUCAAAGAAUACUCGGACUGGCCCACAAUCCCCCAGCUAUACAUCGACAAGGAAUUCAUUGGCGGCUGCGACAUCCUGAUCAAUAUGCACAAGGACGGCAGUUUGGCCGAUUUACUGUCACAGAAGAAAGUCAUUCUCACGGAAGACGGCGACGAGGAUGUCGAGGGUCAAAAAGCACAGGAGGUGCGGGAGGAGACGGAGCAGAGCACCGGAGGCAGGUCGAAGGACGCAAAGGGAGAAAGUUCGUGA